AAGGGCGCAUGCGCCGUUGGUGCUGCCAGGCGCAUGCGCCGCUCAGCCAUGCGGGUGGUGGUCGGUGGAGGGACUGGCUUCGUGGGCAGAGCCCUGACCCAGCUGCUGCGGAGCCGCGGGCACCAAGUGACCCACGUGUCUCGACAGGGGGGCAAGGAUCGGAUCAGCUGGGAAGAGUUGUCCCGCACUGGACUGCCCCUGUGCGAUGCCGUGGUCAACUUGGCUGGCGAAAAUGUGCUCAACCCUUUCCGCAGAUGGGGUGAUACCUUCUGCAGGGAAGUCAUCAGCAGCCGGGUUGAGACCACAAAGACCUUGGCCAAAGCCAUUGUUGAUGCUGAACAGCCACCCCGUGCUUGGGUCCUCGUCACUGGCGUAGGCUAUUACUGCCCCAGUCCCACAGCUGAGUAUACUGAAGACAGUCCUGGAGGGAAUUUUGACUUCUUCUCACGCCUGGUGAGCUCCUGGGAGGCUGCAGCUCUCAUCCCUGGGAGCCCAGCUCGUGGAGUUGUGGUGAGAUCAGGUGUAGUGCUGGGUCGAGGUGGUGGUGCAAUCUCUCAAAUGCUUUGGCCUUUCCGUCUGGGACUUGGAGGCCCCUUGGGCUCUGGGCUCCAGCCCUUCCCAUGGAUCCAUAUUCGGGACCUGGCUGGGAUCGUGUGUCACGCCCUGGAGAGUGAGUGCCUGCAAGGUGUCCUCAAUGGUGUUGCCCCGUCCUCUUCUGCCACCUCCAACGGCACCUUUGCUCGGGAGUUUGCUGCAGCCCUGGGGCGCCCAGCCCUGCUGCCAGUGCCUGCCUGGGCUGUGCGGGCUGUCUUUGGGGCAGAGCGGGCUGUCAUGCUGCUGGAGGGACAGAGGGUGCUGCCGAAACGCACCCUGGAGAGUGGCUACUGCUUCAUCUUCCCUGACCUGGCUGGAGCUCUGAAGGAGAUUGUAGCUUGAGGCCUCCUGGGCUGGGCUGGGCCGGGCCCUGUUUUUGUGAGCUCACAUGCACUCGCCUGGGUGAAAGUGGGGAGCCCUGCCCCUUGACACUUCCCCAUCCCCAUCCAGAGAGAGUGAGCGAUCUUUUCCCCAUCUGUCUCCCUGUGUGCACCCCCAGUUUGAGUCAUCCCUCUUACUGCCAUCUGCAAUCUCUGUGUUAGCUGCACUGCAUUUGGGGAAGGGCACAAGCCCCUCAAAGGAUUGUGGCUGUGGAAUUGCACAUCUUUCUUUUUCCACAAUGUGCAUGUGAACUGCUGGCAAAGUAGCCGGGGGUGUAAUGUCUUCUUCCCUGAGAAGUGGGUGGCAGCAGGAAACUGGUUGUAGUUAUUAGCUGUUGUAAUUCUUCCGUGGUACUGGAAGUUUUUCCCCAUCUUUCCUUCAUGAUGACAUAGAAACCUACUUACGCUGUUCUGCUUUGCCUUUCUCAAUCUCAGUGGUUGUGCUGGUUUAAAGGUAAACUGUCAGGGGAAAUGAACCCAACUCAAAAGAGAUUGUAAGUCAGAGUAACAAUUUAAUAAAAAUAAUACAAUAAAUACAAUUAUACAGACAAACAAUUGGUUUUAGCCCACAAAAACCCAGAUGUAUAACCCAGCACCCUGGGGCACGAAGAGAAUGUUGUUUGUUGGCUCCCAUGCUGAGCUCCAUGUGAUCCCCUGAGUCCAAAAGUAAAAGGAGAGUAGAAAAACGUGUUGGUGCGAGUGAUGGUCGCAGUCUGGUUGAGAGUGGUGGUCACAGUCCGGUCGAGGUUCUGGUCCUUCUCUGGAUCCUAUGGGUGGUACCAGAAGUCCCAAGACC